AUGGGCAGCCAGACUUCUUCUAGCAUCACCAAAGAUCGUGAGUGGUUCGGUGAUGAUUACACACCCUUCAAACCCUUCAUCACGGCUAUGAUCGGUGGGUGGAUCGAAGCCAUUGGGGCCGGAAGUGUCGAGCUCCCCACAAAGACCGGCCUGAAUUCAAACGGCAUCAUCCGCUUAGAGAACCCUCUAAACGACGGCUGCCGCCUCAUGGACGUCCAGCUGAGCGACACCACAGUCGGUCCCUCUGUUGGAAAUUUGGAGUUUGAACUAGGUGUUUCGUAUAUGAUUCACGCCUUCUGGCCCGCGGAGGAGCGGCAAAGAUUUGAAAGCACCAUAUCUUUCACACCAGCUGAGAAGGCCUGGGUCAAGAAGCACUUCGGAAAUGAAUUCAAAUUUCUCCAACCCUACGGAUUGAGCAUCUAUAAGGACGGAGACCGCGAGGAAGCUCGGGCGAUUGUGCAAACCUUGAUGAGAAAUGACGACAGCGAUUAA